CGCCCCCCUCCGCUGCUCUCCGCGCGCCAUACGUCAGCAGCGCUUCCGCUCGGAGCUUCAGCGCAAAAGCGGACCGCUCGCGCAGGAUGACCGGAGAAGGGCGGUAACGCGUGCGCGCGCGCGCGUCUGUUUUCAUCGUCGGGACAAGAUGCCGUGCGCGUGCGGAAACUGGCGACGCUGGAUCCGGCCGCUCGUCGUGCUCGUGUAUGCGCUGCUCGUGGCCGUGGCCUUGCCCCUGGGCGCGUGGGAGCUCCACAGGGCGGAGGUUGGCACACACACUAAGGCGUGGUUCAUCGCGGGUGUGUUUGUGUUCCUGACCAUUCCCAUCUCGCUGUGGGGCAUCCUCCAGCACCUGGUGCACUACACACAGCCUGAGCUACAGAAGCCUAUCAUCAGAAUAUUAUGGAUGGUGCCAAUUUACAGCUUAGACAGUUGGAUUGCUCUGAAGUAUCCCACCAUAGCCAUCUAUGUGGACACAUGUCGUGAGUGCUAUGAAGCAUACGUCAUCUACAACUUCCUGAUGUUCCUGCUGAACUUCUUGGAGACACAGUACCCGAGCCUGCCACUUAUUUUAGAGGUGCAAGAGCAGCGCUCACUACUGCCCCCUUUCUGCUGCUGCCCACCAUGGGCCAUGGGAGAGGUUCUUCUAUUCAGGUGCAAGCUGGGAGUUCUGCAGUACACCGCUGUCAGACCUGUCACUACAGUCGUAGCGCUUGUGUGUCAGUUGUGUGGUGUCUAUGAUGAAGCAAACUUCAGCUUCAGUAACGCCUGGACUUACCUCGUCAUCAUCAACAAUGCCUCGCAGCUGUUUGCCAUGUACUGUCUGCUGCUGUUCUACCGCACUCUGAGAGAAGAGCUGAGCCCUCUGAGGCCUGUUGGGAAAUUCCUCUGUGUUAAAAUGGUGGUGUUUGCCUCCUUCUGGCAGGCUGUGCUCAUUGCCUUUCUUGUGAAGGUUGGAGUAAUCUCUGAGAAGCACACAUGGGAAUGGGAAAGUGUGGAAGCUGUUGCCACAGGAUUACAGGACUUUGUUAUCUGCAUAGAGAUGUUCCUAGCUGCAAUUGCGCAUCACUACAGCUUCAGCUAUCGUCCGUAUGUACGUGAGGAUGAAGAAGGCUCCUGUUUCGACUCCUUCCUCGCCAUGUUGGAUGUCUCAGAUAUACGUGCUGACAUCUCAGAACAAGUUCGCAACAUGGGUCGUACUGUGUUUGGACGUCCCCGUAAACUGUUCUUUGGUUCCGAAGCGGACAUCGUUCAGGGCGAACACACUGGCCUCCUCUCAGGGUCAUCUCAUGAACGCCUGGGUGUAGAUCCCCUCUCUGUCCCCGCCUCCCCAAAGGGUCAGUACCAGGGACUGGGACAAACAGACACGCCUCGCUCACGCUCUGCCCCUGCCGGCUUUAACCCCUCCUCCUGGAAGAGUGACAGUUGCCCAGUGCCCACGUCCACCUGUCAGAAUACAGGAGUGAAGUCUUAGAGCACUGAUCACUCACAUAAUGAAAAUGCAAAAACAGCAAGUUUGAGUUACACAUAAACAAUAUCAGACUUAUUGUUAAAGAGGUGAAGGAUACAUCAAACUGAGCAUAUUUGUGUGUGUGUGUUUUUUUAAUGCUGUUUUUUUGAACAUUAAUAGUUGUGAAACAGCUGAAUUGGCAGUAAUGCAGGUUCAGUAUUAUGUGAUAAUGUUUGCUUUGUGAGUUAUAACAUGACAGGGUUAUUGUAAGCUUUGAAAAAUAUGCCAUGAUAUUUCUGAAAUGUGAUAUUGUAUGUGUGUGUGUGUGUGUGUGUGUGUGUGUGUGUGUGUGUGUGUGUGUGUGUUUCCUAACAGACUGAGUAGAGUUGGUACCACUUAUAUUCUAAUAUACUGUAUCCACAAUUAUAUAAUACAUAAUAUACUGUACUGUUUUACUUCUAUUUUGUAUUUCAAUAAACAGUAUCACAUGGCUGCAUAAUCAUACAGAGA